AACAACAACUCAACUAGUUUUGACAUUUAAAGGUAUCUUGUUCAUAACAUUAGAAGGGGAAAGGUAUCGAAGAAUUUUUUCCAUUUGAUCCUGGCAAGAAUUCAUAACAUGGCCGAAAUGUCUCCGGGCGCGGGUGAAAAGUUAAUAAGUGGUGCAAGCCGAAAAUUGGGUUUGGGUCAUUUGAAAAUGGCCAAAUUCAUGUUUCUAAUCAUAUCAGCGAUUGUCUGUGUUAUAAUUUUCUAUGCCAAUACCUCGGUAAUUGGUCGAAGGUCCUUGUUUGCCCUGUUCAUGACAAAAGAAGACCACAACGGUGACCAUGGAGCUGGGGCUGCUGCCUAUAGCAAUAAUGCCGAUGAAGAUAUUGGUGAGAGUCGUAUGAUCAAAGCUGGACACGAUGAGGAGGAAACAACACUGCCACUCAACGAAGAGGAUGGAGAAGGAGAACAACAACAAAACGAUGACUGGAUAAUGAGUUCAACAACAUCGCGUAGACCUAGAAAGUCGUUAAUAAUGAAAACCAUAUUGUUAAGACCGCCCACAGUGCGUAAUGCCUCAGUGCAGAUUUACAAUUUAGCUCCAGGUGGUGGUGGGGCUCCCGAACACAUUAGCACCGCCACGGAUUACAAUAUCUUUGUUAUUUACACCAAGGAAAACUAUCAGUUGCAUGUUAAGUUCGAGUUGUUCGCAAAGAGUCUAUUAAAGUUUGCCAACUCUGGCAUGCUGCUGCAUUUGCAUGUCCUCACCGAUGAAACCAGUGGCCAUUCGGUGGAACAAAUACUCGAAUCCGAAAUACGUCGUUAUAGACGUAGCAUUAUCUACAGCCUGUACAGCAUGCAUUUGUGUGCCGAACAGGUGAUGGACAUAGUUAACACUAUGACGCCUUACUUUAGUUCAACCCCCAAAUCCUAUUACAGUGAUGCCCUUUUCUUCCUCUCGCUGGGCCUGCAUCGCAUAGCCGAUGAAAAUAUGGAACGUGCAAUAUUACUCGAUUGUGACAUAGUCUUCCGGGCCGAUGUAAGGCUCUUGUUCAAUGAAUUCGAAAAAUUCGCCCCCGACCAUUUGUUUGGUCUGGCACCGGAACUGACGCCGGUGUAUCGUCAUAUUCUGUAUCGUUAUAGGGCCAAUUAUCCCCAAACGGAUUUUGGCAGUCCCUUCUAUUUGCCACCAUCCCAACAACAACAGCAGCAGCAACAAAUGGCAGCUAAUAUGGUUUCAGAAGAAUCCUCAUUGGUUCUUCACAAUGGCCAUAAACUACAUAAACUGGAUAGGUUCCAUGGUCCGGCUAAACAUGGCUAUCCUGGUUUAAAUUCCGGUGUUGUGCUUUUGCAUUUACAACGUAUACGUAAAUCUUCGCUGUAUCACCAUCAAUUGCAGGAUGGUCAGGUGCGAAGAUUGACCUCGAAAUAUAUGUUCAAGGGCCAUUUGGGUGAUCAGGACUUCUUUACCCUAUUGGGUUAUGAGUUUCCCAAUUUAAUUUAUCGCCUGGACUGUGUCUGGAAUCGCCAGUUGUGUACGUGGUGGAAAGACCAUGGUUAUAGUGAUGUGUUCGAUAAAUAUUUCACCUGUAAAGGGCGUAUUAAAAUGUACCACGGCAACUGCAAUGCCCGGGUACCGGAAUAGAUGCUAGGCGAAGAUAUUUUUUUCUCUAACAUUCCAAUAACGAAAUAAAACAAAAAAUAGGUAUUAUUCGAUCUCGUUUACAAUCACUUAUCAUCAUAAAAUAGGGUUCAUUUCAAAAGGAUAUGAGUCCUGCCCCCAAAAAAAAACAAAAAGAACAUCAAGGAUCUAAGGACAAUGAAAUCAAAUCAAUAAUUAGCCCAUUUUAGCAAGUAGUUUAGUUAGAUGUUACAACAAGAAAUAAAACUAUAUUAAGAUAUUUAUAAAGAAACAAAUAUUCCCCUUUUGCCCCCUAGAUAACAUUUUAAGAGCGAGAGGAAAUAACAACAAUACACUUAGGUCUGGCAAUUCUGCGGAACAACUACAAAUAUCGUUGGAGGCCGAAUUGAACAAAGUUGAAAUUAUUUUUUAAAAAUUCAAAUCUUCAAUUCAAUAAGUUCCUUUUAUAUGUUCAACAACAUUUGAAUCUCGUUUUCUUUUUGUUCAGACAGGCCCUAAGUGCAUCGCAAUUAUGUUCGAAAUUUUCGAAUUAUUUAUUUUAGAAUUACACCCACACACACACCUCCCAGUACAUACACAAUUACAUAUUUAAAUAUAUGUAUAAUUAGAAAUUAGUUCCACGUUUUUUUGUUUGUUUUGUUUUCGUUUUUCAAUUUGUGAUAUCCGCUCAUUCAAAAUUAAAAAUUAAAUUUUUUAAAAAUAAAAUUUAAACAAAAACUUAUCUUCCUAUUCUCAAGAAAUGUUUUUCUUCACUCUUAACACAUACACAAACAUACAUUCACACAUCUGAAAGAUAUCUAGCUCUCUUAUCGAAUAUAUAAAAAUAUAUACUAAACAACACGAAAUUUCAAUAAUUUAUAUUAUAUAUUAUGAGAAAUAUAUAAAACAAAAUAAAGAAUAAUAAUAAAAAAAUA